CCCUGGCGUGGCCCGGCGGGGUGGCGGCCGCCCUGGGACCGGGCCCGCCGCACCGGGACGGGGGCCCUGAAGCACGAGCAAACACCUCCACUCCCGGGACGAGCAACUUACCACAGACACCCACCCACACCGCUCCUUCUGCCACCUCCUGGCUCCUCCGACCGCUCAGGCAGUGCACGGGGCAGCCCGGCGCCGUCCAUGCAGAAGGACCCCUUGGGCGCGGGAGGUGGCGGCGGGCACCAUGUCGGUGAGCGACAUGUUCAUCGCGCUGCAGGGCGUCCUCACGGCCGACCAGGACAUCCGCGAGGAGAUCCGGAAGGUGGUGCAGGUGCUGGAGCAGACGGCCCGGGAGAUCCUCACUCUGCUGCAGGGCGUGCACCAGGGAGCCGGCUUCCAGGACAUACCAAAGAAAUGUCAGAAGGCUCGUGAACACUUCAGCACAGUGAGAACACAGAUGGAAUCUCUGAAGACCAAAUUUCCUGCUGAUCAGUAUUACAGAUUCCAUGAGCACUGGAGGUUUGUGCUGCAGCGGCUGGUGUUUCUCGCAGCAUUUGUAGUCUACUUGGAAUCCGAAGCCUUAGUGACCCGAGAAGCUGUCGCAGAAAUACUCGGGAUUGAAGCUGAUCGAGAGCGGGGCUUUCACCUGGACAUUGAGGACUAUCUUUCUGGUGUACUGACUCUCGCCAGUGAGCUGGCCAGGCUGGCAGUGAACAGUGUCACAGCUGGCGACUAUUCUCGCCCUCUCCGCAUCUCAACUUUCAUCAAUGAGCUGGAUUCCGGCUUCCGCCUCCUCAACCUGAAGAACGACUCCCUGAGGAAACGCUACGACGGCCUCAAGUACGACGUCAAGAAAAUCGAGGAAGUGGUUUACGACUUGUCCAUCAGAGGACUCAAUAAGGAGGCAACAGCUGGAGCAGGUGGAGAGAAAUGAAGGGUGCUCAUUUCAACAACAACAUCAUCGAUUACCUCAGAUGGUUGCCAAUUUAGGAAGCAUGCUAGCGAGGCCUUCCUACAGUAGUUUAGAAGAACCACAGCUGAAAGCUGCUCUAUUUUCUUACAAAAGGUGUAGUACGGGUGUUAGACCUUCAGAAUGGUUUGUAAAAUUACGUCGACUAGGGCAGGAGGCUCUGUCUCCAGCGAGACUCCUCUGCCAGAACACACGGUGCCAUCCUGUGCACUGCACCUGUAGUACUCAGUAACUCCCGUGAGCUGCAGUUCUCCUUAGGUCCGUAGUGUUACUUCACUGCCCUGGCAGGGAUGUGCUCCAGCUGUCUCUGCGCACCCCCCCUUCAGGACGUGUGCAGCACGCAGCUCAGUGCAGAUUCCUGUGAUGGUUUGCAAGACACAGUGUGUAAAUAUCUGUCCUUUUUUUCAAAGACACAGAUUUUUGUUCCUUAAUUUUUCACUUAGAUCAGUACAUUGAACAGAUUUGCUCAGCUG